AUGCAACGAACCGAUUCAAAAAUUGCUGAUCUUGCCAAUGGUGUUGCAACUUCGGGAUGUAAAACUGUUCUUGGUUUCAACGAGCCGGAUCAUGCAGAACAAGCACACAUGUCGCCAUCACAAGCUGUGACUCUGUGGAAGCAACACAUCCAACCACUAAAGAAUAAAGGAAUUGCUCUUGGUGCACCUGCUGUGUCGAGUGGGCCAAGUGCUAUUCACUGGUACGGAACUUCAAUCACUGAGUUCAAAUCAUACGUCGAAAAAGUGCACAAUAUUUAUCCAUCAAAACCAAUAUGGGUCACUGAAUUUGCCUGUAUUUCACCUGCUUCAUUAUCUGAAGUAAGUGCAUUUUUGGAAAAGGCAAUGCCGUGGCUCGACUCUCAAUCAUAUGUUGCGAAAUACUCAUGGUUUGGUGCUAUGCCUCAAAACUUAGUGAAUAGCUAUGUUGGACAAAAUGCCGCUCUGAUGGACAACAAUGGACAAUUAACAAGUUUGGGAAAACUGUACGCUUCAUAA